ACCCUGUCUUUUUCUGGCUUGUUCUUGAAUUGAUACCUACCCCAUUUGCAUAAUGUCAAAAAAUAAUAAUGACCCGAAUUACUCUGAGGAGCUUGAAGACAGUUCUCGCAGCAUUCUACUCGGAAUUGCAUCCCAGCUCACCAAGGGAAUGGAUUUGCAUCGAGUCACUCUACCGACCUUUGUUCUAGAGCCACGGAGCAUGUUGGAGCGUAUUACCGACUUUAUGUCACACCCGGAUUUAUUGUUGCACGCGGGCGACAUUGAUGAUCCUCUUGAACGAUUCAUCGCGGUGCUUCGGUAUUAUUUAUCUGGCUGGCAUGUCAAGCCCAAGGGUGUAAAGAAACCUUAUAAUCCUAUCCUUUCCGAAUUCUUUCGAUGUCAUUACACAUAUCCUGACGGCACCGUUGCUUAUUACAUCGCUGAACAGGUGUCGCAUCACCCUCCCAUUUCAUCCUACUUUUAUACCUGCCCUGAACAUCACGUCAUCGUCAAAGGCGACAUUAAACCGAAAUCACGCUUUCUAGGCAACAGUGUGGCAACAUUGAUGCAGGGUUCCUCUCACAUCAUCUUGACCAAUAGACAUAACGAGCGCUAUGAUAUUGCCAUGCCAAACAUGUACGGUCGAGGUAUCUUAUUUGGUACAAUGACCAUUGAAUUGGGCGAUAGUUCAAAGGGGUUCUUUUCUGGGCAAUGGAAUUCAGUGGUUGGAAAAAUCAAGAAGGAAUCCACACAAGAAGUCUUGUGCGAAAUCACAGGUCAAUGGUCCAAUGAACUAGACAUCAAGUAUUUAAAGACUGGUAACAAAGAGCGAUUUUUCGAUGUGAAAACGGCAUCCACGUUCCCAAAGGAUGUGGCUCCUGAAGAUCAACAAGAACCAAACGAAUCGCGACAUUUGUGGUCCAAGCUCACAGCUGCUAUUAAAGCGCGUGACAUGGAUACCGCCACUGACGAAAAAACGACCAUUGAAGAUGCACAGCGACGUGAUGCCAAAGAACGUGAAGAAAAGAACAUCACAUGGUCACCACGAUUUUUCCAGGAAACAAACGGAGAAUAUCACUUUAAAGGAUUACCAGAGUAA